AUGGGGAGAAGUUUUUCCCUAAACUUCACUCUGCUGACUAACACGACUUCCUCUCCAGUUGUUACAGGUGCGAAAGAAGCAAACUGUGGACAUUCUGUUGGCUUAGCAGCAGGCAUUCCAUCCCUGGUGGCCACAGCCCUGCUGGUGGCUUUAUUACUGACCUUGAUUCAUCGAAGGAGAAGAAACAACUACGGCUCCACUGAGGAACAUGAAAGACCAUGUGAAAUUUCAGACAUCUAUGACAAUCCCAAGGUAUCUGAGAAUCCUCGGCACUCAUCCACAAAUGACAGCGUGCUGGUGGCAGAAGAAGGCCACAUAUAUGUGAAGACUGUAACAGGAAGUGAGCAGCCCACAGAUGACAUUUACCAUCCUCCUCCUGUGGAAAUGGAGAGAAGGCAGGGAUUGUGGUGGCUAUUCCCCAGGCUGAGUUUAGAAUGA